AUGCUCGAUCUGUCUCCCUUGUUGCCGGAAACGCAUACUUCGACAAGGAUUGCAGACCAUGGCAAUGAGGAACCACGAGUCGCAGAUCCCAGCCUCGCAGGCCGUCUAUCUCGCUUUCUGUCUCCUCAAGUCGAGGAUAAUCGCCGCGUUCAGCCAGCAAGUGCCUUUCCAAAGGUCUCACGCGAGGACUGGGCAGCCUUUGCCAAUAAACUCUCACAGUUCGACUCGGUUUUACCAGACAAUUAUGAGCUUCCUUCACGGCAUGCGAUGACACGUUAUCUCCACAGAUUCAUGAACGGCUUCCAGCCCCAUUUCCCUAUCUUACAUGCACCAACCCUCUCUGUCAAAGAAAUGGCCCCGGAACUCCUUCUUGCUAUGGCAGCUACAGGCUCACAGUACUGCCUCGAGCCCCAUCAAGGAUUGAAGCUGUUCUCCUAUGCACAUGAGAUCGCACUGGAACAGAUCCGCCGCCGUGACUUGGAGCACCAGUCCACGAACCGGCAGUCAUUGUCUAAAGAAAUGCCUGGUGAACAAUUAACAUCCGAUAAUAGGCCUCGUCAGGGACCGCGCAUGGCUAAUGAGUACGGGAUGGUUGAGACGACGCAGGCUCUCUUCUACCUCAUGGCGAUGGCAACGUGGAACGUCACGAAUCGAUCAUUGAUGAGACAUGCAGUGGCCACACCAAGCAUGCUAGCUAUGCUUGUCCGUCAACACGGGCUAAUCGAACAAUCACACGACAUCCCAUCAUGGGAGGACUGGUCAAGAGAGGAAAGUGCUCGACGCACAAAACUAAUCAUAUUUUGUUUCUUCAAUCUCCACAGCAUUGCAAUGAAUCUACCAUCGCCAAUCAUGCUAUCCGAGAUUGAGCUCUUCCUACCAUGCUCGGAAUCUGAAUGGAGGGCAGUUGAUGCUGAGAGCUGGAACAUGCUUCAUCGACAGUCCGAGUCUCCUCCCCUGUUCCAAGACUAUCUUGCCUGUCUUAAUACGAAUACACGAGUUCCGCCUUGUUCUGCGUUGAGCAGUCAUGUCAUGAUCCAUGCGUUGAUACAGCGAAUAUCCACUCUCCGACAGGCUUCCCUUGAGCCGCCUCUAUCGAGAUGGCAGACAGGAUGGGAGCAAAAUCCAGAGUCUUCUCUCACUCCGCUCGAUAGGCAUGGACCGAUCGCAUUUAACUCCACGGCUUUAUAUCGUCUUGCGUAUAUUCGUCUCGCAGUAGACAUUGGGCCCGCGCGCUCGUUUUUGGAGCAAGAUGAUGUGCAAAUAGUUCACCGACUCAAGCAACUGCCACCUCUCAAACGGGGUCCUUUAUUAACACUCGCAGCACGGCAUGCGCUCGCAGCUUUAUGCCCACCCGUCCAAAUGGGCAUUUUCUUCAUCGGACAAGGCCACAGCUGGUCUGUGAUGCAUGCCGUAUGCUCAUUAGACUAUGCCUACCUCCUGAGUCAAUUCCUCAAAGCCACGACUUCGACGACCCUCGAGUAUCCACUAGACACGGAUGAGCAGUCCAUCGUCAGAGCAGCCAAGGAGAUUCUAUCCGAAGUGGAAGCAUCAAGGCCCGAUGGCAAUCCUGCGCUGGUAAAUGCUACGCCCGGUGUAUUGGCCGCAAAGGUAGUACGCGCAUGGGCGACGAUACUUGAAAAUGUCCGCACGUGGAAUGCCGUUACUAUGAUUACCACGACUCUUUUCACGUAUGCAGACUAUCUAGAGAAGAAUGUGGGACCAUGAUGUUCCAGGUGACUAUAGUAAAUCAAUGUAAUUGAACGAAACAUGAAUAGGUUGUAUUAGAAAAUAUUUAUAUGGUGCUGAAUCGCUUCAUAGGCCCAUAUCGAGAUGUUAAAGUUCGUAACCGCUCCCCGUAGAAAAAUAGUGGAAUGGCCAACAAAAGAGCCACUACC